AUGAAUGACAAAAAAUCUGGAGAUGAAGAUGAAAGUCAUACUGAUGACACAUUACCAUUAGAUUCUGGCAUAUUAAAAGAUGUAUACACAGGUAAAAUAAAAUUAAAAAAAAGUUUAGCUAAGGUAGAACAUAUCGGACCACUUGGAGAUUUAAAUACCAUGAUACAAUUCAAUAAUACAUAUUUUCAUGAAUAUAUGAUAUUUAGUAAUACAAUUCGGUCAAUGAUUAAUGUUAUAGAUGUUGAUUCUCUACCUCAAAAUGACAUGAAAAUGGAUUCUGAUGAAAGUGAAGGUAAAAUGUCAGUAUCAUUUGCAGCCUUACCAGAUAUAAUAAUUAACUAUAAUCGUGUAUUUUUUGGUGAAUAUGAUGAAAAUCCAUAUGUUUGUACAUUCAUGUCUAUAACUGAAUAA